CGGGAUGUGUAACGUAUGCACUCCAUAAAAGACCCAUUUUUAUCUAAUAUCAAAAGUUGAAUUUAAAAGGUAGCAAAGAAAAAAAUGGCCAUAUAACGCACUACCAACACACUGUUAUUCAGUAUUGUUACGAAAAAAACGUCACUUAUGAUAUAUCCUUUAAUUGAACAUUCGUCAAAGCAAAUAUACCUUUUUAACGCAUGUGCAGAAGCAUAUUUCAACACAACGUCGUGUUGAAUGUUUAAAUUUGCUUGGUUCAACAUUCAAAUUAAAUAAGUUUUUUGAAAUAUAUUAUAUGAAAAAUGGUCAAGUUAACUCCGGAUUUAAUACAACAAUCUAAACAAUAUAUUAAUCCUGUAAGAGAUCGAGAAUUAGACUUGAGAGGAUACAAAAUACCAACAAUAGAAAAUUUAGGAGCUACUUUGGAUCAAUUUGAUACAAUAGACUUUUCUGAUAACGAUGUAAGGAAACUAGAUGGAUUUCCAUAUUUGAAAAGAAUAAAAACACUUUUUUUCAAUAAUAAUCGCAUAGUCAGAAUUGCAGAAGGUUUAGAACAUUGCAUACCCAAUAUAGAAACUUUAAUGUUGACUGGUAAUAUGAUUCAAGAGCUUGGGGAUUUGGAUCCAUUAAUACCGCUGAAACAUCUCACAAAUUUAUGUUUAUUACAAAAUCCUGUUUCUGCGAAGCCACAAUAUAGACAAUACGUCGUAUUCAGAUUUCCACAAUUGAGAUUAUUAGAUUUUAGAAAAAUAAAACAAAAAGAACGAGAAGCUGCUAUCGAAUACUUUAGAAGUAAGAAAGGAAAAGAAAUGGUACGUGAAAUAGCUAAAAAAGCAAAGGCACAAGCACCUGGAACAUCUUUGGAUAAACCUAUAACAAGUGUGGAUGAACGUAACAAAAUUAAAGAGGCUAUAACUAAUGCGACAUCUUUGGAAGAGGUACAACGACUUAGCAAAUUGUUACAAGCAGGACGUAUACCUGGAGAAGAAAGACUUCAAAAUGGAAACAACACAUCUGAAGCCAUGGAAGAAGAGGAAGAUGAUUGAAUCAAACAGGUUUAUACUUAUAAAUAACAACAAAUUUUGUAAUUAACGUUUAAUCUGUAAGUAUUCACAAUUGCUACCAAGGAUAUUAAUGCAAGGAUGGCGACCCUUCUUUAAGUUGAUAAGAAGCUGUUUACUACACAAAAUUAGAGAGAGAUAUAUAUAUGCAUAAAAAUUCUUUUUUGGUAUCAAUUAAAAGAUGCAAAUAUGUUUUAUUAUGACCUUGAAGCGAUUAUGUAAAACGAUAAAAACCUUUACUUUGAAGUAUUAACAAUAGUCUAAUUUAUUUCAGCAGAUUCAAAAUAAAUCAUAUCAUGCGGAAUGCGUUUGUUUCUUCAACUUUAUUGAAUUCCAACAUAAUUUUUUAAGAUGCUUGAGAGUCAUCUAGUGGUAGAAAUUGUUACUAGACAGCGCCAUCUAAUACGAAUAUGUGGAGAACCAGGCCAGUGGAAAAGGUUAUCUGGAAAGUUUAUAUUAACUUAUGGAUUUUAAAAACGAGAAAAUAUCAAAUUUAUUAUUACUAUUGAUAAGUAAACUUUUGGACGUCAUAUAUAAGACUGAUAUCUUUUGACAGCUAUAUUCAACUUCGAACUUAAUUGGUGUGGUUCCCGUAUAGGGAGAAAAGGCGCUAGUGUCGGUACACUAGGCGCGUAUCGCUACAAAUCUCCAUGAUCAGAAUUAUCUAAUUCAAAAGCCCAUGCACGAUGCUCCUUUCUUUUACUUUUUUCUUUUUUUUUGUCCCCCAAGGUUUUGCGUUGUUUCUACGACGUGAAUACAAAAUUAGAUAAGUCCAAAAUAUCCAGAAUUUUGUUUCAAUUGAAAAUAACAUUAAAACAAG